AACUAUCAUAUAUCGAAUCGAAUGCAUAUCGAUCCGUGCUCUUUAUAAUGAAACCUAGAGUGUCUCCGUCUCUCUCACUAAAAUUCUCCACCGCUCACAUUCUCUCUCUAGAUCUCUAGACACCAAUAUAUAUUAAUAUAUAUAUAUAAUAAAACACAUUGUGAUCGAGCAGAGAUUGCGAUGGAGAUAAGGUAUUGGCGGAGGUUAAGAGGAUACCAAAGGCUAGAUGGGUCUGCCAAGAAGGCGAACUCGGGUCGGAGAAAUGUGAAGCGGGUCAAAAUGGAUCCGACCCGGAAGAGACAGUUUUGGAGGAUCAAGAUUGUGCCGAAGCUAAGGUUCUUAAAAAAGUCGUCGCCUAAGAAGCUUUUAACGUGGCUUCGAGAUGCUUACGUCAACAUGAUGCUACGCCUCGCGAAUUCUCGGGUCGUCGGGUCAUCGUACGGGUACGGCGAAUAUGGGUACGGGUCGGGUUUGGCGUCGAAGGAGUAUGACGAGAAGAAGCUGGUGGAGAUUUACAAAUCGAUAUUGAUGGCACAGGGGAAUCUCGUGCACCGCGACGUACCUAAACUUUCCUCCAAUUCGAUUCUACUUUCACCCCUUAGAUAAUUUAAUUAUACACAUAAUAUAUAACAAAAACGUUGUCGAUGUUAAAGUUGUGA